AUGGCAAAGUGUCCUUGGCAAAAGAACAAAAAGCUGACAACAAAGACAUUGCUGUGUUUUCUUUCAUCAGGAUCUCGGAGGCAGAAGAAGAGUGAUGAACUCCGGAUCAUUUUGGUGGGAAAGACCGGAGCGGGGAAGAGUGCAGCAGGAAACACCAUCUUAGGUUGAGAAGCAUUUCAGUCUGAACUGUCUUCUUCUUCUUGGACAUUUGAAUGCAAGAGAGCUGAAGGAGAGGUCAGAGGUCGAAAGGUUAUUGUCAUAGACACCCCGGGGCUGUUUGACACAAAUUUCACUCAAGAGGAAGUGUUGAAGAAGAUCAAGACAUGUAUCUCUCUGUCUGCUCCUGGUCCUCAUGCCUUCUUGAUGGUUGUGAAGCUGGGCAGGUUCACCCAGGAGGAGAGGGACACCGUCAAGAUCAUUCAAAGUACUUUUGGAGAGGAGGCAGUUAGGUAUUUGCUAGUGUUGUUCACACAUGGAGACAAACUGAAGAAACAAACUAUUGAAAGCUUUGUUUCAAAGAGUGGAGAACUCCAAGAGCUCAUUGAGGUUUGCUAUGGCCGAUAUCAUGUCUUCGACAACCAGGCGAAAGACCAGGGACAGACUGAUCAGCUCCUGGAAAAAAUUAACAGAAUGACCCUUGAGAACGACGGUGGGUACUACACAGCAAAGAUGUUCACAAAAGCAAAAAAGGCUUCAAAGGCAGAGAAGAAGAGAUUUUCAAAGGAGCGCAAGGCAGCAGAGCAGCAGAGGAGGAACGCCCUGAAGGCUGAGGUGGACAGAGAAAUGAACCUAACCAGAGAGUCAAAGGAACAUGGGAAUUGUAUUCUGCAGUGAGACAUUGAGGCACUCUGGGUAUUCAGAGGCAGGUGAACUUGUCAAAUAUAUGUGGCUGCACUUUUGGUCAAGGUCCUUCUAUCCUCUGACUUAAAGGGGCAGUAAGCGAUUUUGGAGAAAGCUUGUUUCUCUCUUUGUUGUCGUUGUGAUUUUACUGCUCUGGCCAGGCCGCGGGUAUGGGAGACCGACACACUGACCAAUAGGAUAAAAGCCCUGAGCCCCGUUCGCUAGCCCGUCUCUUAAGGUGUCGACGAGUGAUAUUUACAAAUUGCACUGACAGUGUCGUGAGGGUGUGGUCUGACCGUUUUUUUGUUUUUUAAUUUACAGAGCCUGGGACUGAGCUGGAUUUUUUUUGGCGUGUACACAGAGCCGACAGCUAACAGACCCUCAGGAAAUAUUCGCUACUUUUUACAAGACCUGUGUUGCUUUAGAAUCGCUUACUGCCCCUUUAAGGUCUCCUCCCACAAACAUGCACUCAUCUGGGAAUCGAUUUGUCUGCAGGAGAUUUUUUUUCCUCUCAAAUUAGUAACUGCUACAAAAAACAGAUUACAAAGAAUAUCCAAAUAACUGAUGAUUAUGUUUUUAUACCAAACAACUUAUCAAUCAAUUAACAAAUUCUUAUUAUUCUGUACAAAGUGCAAAAUGAUGAAUCACAUCCUUUGUCACAGUUGUGUACAUUGAGGUACAGUACAAUAUUACUCUAGAUUAAUGGAUAAUGGAUGACUAUUUUAAUCUUGAAAGUGAUUUUGGUACUUUCAAUAAAAACUGUAGAAAUAUAAGAGAAAUGAAUAAUAGUAAAUUGAUGCAAAAAUGAAAUUACUUAAAAGGGCAAGUAAAUAAGUUAAGUCACAGUCAACAUUUUGCAAUGUAGAAAUUGAGGGUUUAUAACCCUAACCCUAACCCUAAAAAACCCAUUCAUAUUCUAUGUAAUUUCAGAUACUAACUUGAGCAUGAAUUGCAUUUUUUUGUUGCUAUUUGUAUAAUUUAGAGGCAAUAACUUUGUGAAUUGGUUCUUCUUUACAGCUUUAUAUAAUAAUGACAAUUUUAUUUUGAAAUGCGAUCUUUUGAUGCUGUGAACAUUACAUGGUAUGAUUAUGGUCUGUGGCUAAAUCUGAUUGAAACAUUUUUUUAUUUACCCCACACUUGCAGUAAGAAGUCUGGGUUGCUGUACUGUGUACAUGUUUUAUCAUUGUGUUUAAUGUAUUUUAUAGAUUUCAAGGUAUUAAAUUUAAGGAAUUAGGUUAACUUGGAUGUUGGGUUUGUGUCUUGAGCUCUUUAUUAUGUUGUAAUAAUCUCGUAGACAAGGAAUUUUAUGUACUGUUUAUAUAAAAUAAGUUUUUUGUGAGAGCUGAUGUGGAGUAAAGAUGGUGUAACAUUAUAGAUAUUUUUAUUAUGUUGUUAUCUUGAUAAACUGGUACAAUACUG